AUGGCCGACUCCAAGCCGCUGUUCGUCGUGCACCGCGGCUCGUGCCAUUGCAAGGCCGUGCAGUUCGAAUUCGACGCCCCCAGCGACCUGGUGCAGACCGAAUGCAACUGUUCCAUCUGCAGUAUGAAGCGCAACGCCCACGCGAUCGUGCCCACGUCGCGGUUCCGCCUGCUGCAGGGCCAAGAAAACCUCACGCUCUACACGUUCAACACGCACCAGGCCCAGCACCUCUUCUGCAAAACGUGCGGCGUGCAGGCCUUCUACAUCCCGCGCAGCAACCCGGACGGCUACGCGGUCACCGUCGCCUGCGUGGACCCGGCCACCAUCACGAGCGUCACGACCGAAAGCUUCGACGGCCAGAACUGGGAGGCAUCAUUUGAGGCAUCGAACAUCGCCAGCUACUCCAAGGAAUAA